AUGGGAGUCUCCUCCCUCCUCUCCGGACUCAACGCGCGUAUCAAAGGCUCAAUCAUCAACUCCCUGACUCUUCCAAACGGACGGACGACCUCGGAUCUCUCCACCAUGACCAUCAUAUGUUCCAACUUCUUCCAGAACCUGUACAGCGGAAGCACCCCUGUCACCCCUAACCCAUCCUUCUGGCAACACAUUCCCCCAUCCUCCAUCCCGAACCCCUUACUCCUCCGCCUCAGUGCCCCCUUUUCCCUGGCCGAAAUCGGAACAGCUCUCCUCUCUCUUUCACGUGGAAAAACCCCUGGCCCAGAUGGCCUCCCCGGGGAGCUUUUUCGACAAUUCUCCCCACGUUUCGCCCCGGCCUUCCACUCCCUACUCUCACCAGCACAGCCACUCUCUUGCCUCCCUCCAUCUAUGCUGUCCGGACGAACGGUCCUUAUUCCUAAAAGAGGGGACUCUUCGCUUGUGGAAAAUCUCCGCCCCAUCACACUAAUGAACGCUGAUUACAAGGUACUCGCGCUGUGCCUUGCUAACCAUCUUCAGCUCGUGCUUCCCCAGCUCAUCCACCCAUCCCAAACCGCUUUCAUCAAACACAGAAAAAUCGGUGACACAAUUAAUGAUACCCUCGACAUCAUGGACUGGGCGGCCUAUUCCUCAUCCCCCCUUUUCGCUCUCACUGUGGACUUUCGCAAAGCCUACGACCUCGUUGAUAGGCCUUUCCUCCUCCAUGCCCUAUCCAUCCUGGGCCUCCCCGCAUCCUUCAUCCACUGGGUUCGUCUAAUGCAUUCCGAUACGUACACACGUAUCUCGGUUAACAAUAUGCUCGGCCCCACCUUCCCCGUCCGCACUGGUGUCCGUCAGGGCUGCCCACUGGCUCCCUUGCUCUUCUUCUGCGUCAUGGAGAUCUUUCACCGAUACAUGUCCCUCUUCCUCCCUGGCUUUGCCUUGUCCCCUGCACAACGCCGGCUUAUGGCGUGCUACGCAUACGACGUCACUCUCUUCCUCACCUUUGAUACAGAGCUUGGGCUUGCUGUAGUGCUGCUCGGCGUCUUUGGAUCGGUCUCCGGAGAAGUUCCUAACUGGAACAAGUGCUCCAUAAUCCCUUUCAAUAUCCCCCCUUGUGAUCUCUUACACGCCGGGAGCAUACCCAUCCGAGCUCCCAAUGGGGCAGAACGCAUCCUCAGAAUCUACGUCGAACGCCUACACCCAGGUUCCACCACUUGA